CUAAGAAAAUCGUUUCUAUGGGGGUGGAGAGGUCGCUGAUUUUUCCUUUUACGUAUGCUUUAUUACAGUGACAGAUAUGCUCCAAGUUUGCACGAACUUGGGCAUUUUAACAUUCCUAUCCUCUGCGAUCCAGCAAACCUCCAGUGGUUUAUUCUCACCAAAGCCCAACAGGCAAGAGAGAACAUGAAAAGAAAGGAAGACUGUUGGUGACUGAGAAAAGCAGGAAGCUGAGAGCACCACCGGCAGCUUCAGGAGGCCCUACAGUCCAACCCUGACCCAGGCAGGAGCGACUUCUGGAGAUUCCUGAAAAACCCCAGGACCAGAGGCUGGAGGAGGCCGCCCUCCCCACCAGGGCACAGGUUCUGUCUUCUGCCCGCCAAGGGUAAGACACAGACGCUGAAAGCCAGGCAACCUGGAGAAGUCGUGCAGGGGCUGGAAGAACAGGACCCAGAUGUUAGCUUAGAACAGUGGUCUUUAAACGGCUCAGCAAGCCGAGGGUGGUGCAGAGGUGCUCUGAGGGCCCUCGUGGGUAUGGACGGCCUCCAGUUCCUUUCCUCUUCAACUGGAGCACCUGCCAACCUUGAUCUUUCUUUAUCAAUUGGGUUUCCACUUGAGAAUCCACUUUAUAAAGAGAGAUGCAGCUCAAAGUGUCUGAAAACCACUGUCUCAGAACAGGCUUCAUCUAAGGCAAGAAGGCUGUCUAACCAGCACCGAGUGGCUGCGAUGCAGGCGGCCAGACUAGGGAGGGACCGCGGGCGCAGGGAGAGGAGAGAAGGCAGCGGGGAGGGGAGACUCAGCCGGGCCGGGGCAGACGGCUGUAGGGGGCCCAGGCCAAGGGGCCAGGCGGGACGGGACCAGCAGCAAAUGGUUUCUUUACCCUCCGUGUUGGAGGGGACAGGGAUGAAGGCUCCGGAGCCCAGAGCCAGAAGGAGGCCAGGGAAGCAUGAGCGUCAGUGGAUCCAGUUGAAUGCCCAGUGCGAAAACAGAAAAAGCAGCAGAUACGAUGUAGCAAGAUCCUCAGGCCUCACAACGGAAGUUUCUCCAAUGGUGACAUCUUGCAAAACUAUAUACAAUCACAACCAGGAAACGGACAUGGCUACAGUCCACUAACCUUGUUCAGAUUUCAUCAGUCUUACUUGCACUCGUGUGGAUUUAAUCAUAUGCAGAUUUAUCACACGUAGAGAUUCAUGGGACACGACCACAGUCAAGACAUAGAAGAGUUCCAUCACAAGGAUCCCCUCUGCUGCACUUCCACAGCCACAGACACCUCUGCUCUCCCACCCCCUGACCCCUGCAACCACUAAUCUGUUCUUUCUAUAAUCUUAUUAUUUGAAGAAUGUUAUAUAAAUGGAAUCAU